AUCCAUACUUUGAUCUUUACACUAUUUUCCUAUAAUUAGCCCUCUACAAAUAUCGUGAUGUAGAAUUCGGAAACACAAUUUAAUACUCCCUGCUCUCUUAAAAUUCCGGCUCAUGAAAGAAACUAUUGAGCUACCAUCAGCAGCAACCGCGGUCAUUGUCUACAUGGAAUAUACUCAAUUUAGGCUCGUUUGUCUAACGCUGCUUAAAUAUUUCAUAAUCUUAUGUAUGUUUGUUGAAUGGGUAGUAUCGUUACAUGAUUUAUAUUCUCUGUGGGCACGACCCAUAUGGCGGUUUAUUUUCACUACUCAAACCGCCACAUGUGCACAUACACCAACUGUUGUCGUAACAAAACCCCACGACGCCAAGAAGGUUUCGCAGGGUGAAAAAGGUUGCAAAAAGUUAUUAGGAAUCGAUCUAAAGAUAAUUAUGGGAAAAUUAGGAAUGCUUUGGGAUAAUUGUCAUGACAAAAGACAUAUUAUAGGAUCAGAGGAGAUUUUGGGUUUGUUUAAUGACGACGAACCAAGCUUGGAUGAAGUUAAACAAGCGUUUAAUGUGUUUGAUAGAAACAAAGAUGGGUACAUAGAUGCAAACGAGUUGCGAUACACGUUUCGUAAUAUGGGGUAUAUACAUAUAUCUGAAACCGAUUGUAGACGAAUGAUUGGAAGAUAUGAUGUUGAUAAAGAUGCGAAGAUUAGUUUCGCUGAGUUUUUGAAUGUCAUAGAAGAUGGUUUUCUAUGAUUUUCCAUUAUUGUGUUUCUUGUUUCAUCGUGUGUGCCUUGUAUAUAACAUAUGAAACGUUUAAGCAUGUAGGCACUUAUGCACAAAGAAAAGAAAGAAAUUCUAUAGGAUCGCAAAAUUCUAUAGAGCUAGACAAAAUUCUAUAGAGCUUUUGGAAUAGGAUCGCAAGAUCUUUAGUUUUUGUUUGGCGAGUAUUACAAGCAUGUUAUCAUUUGUCAGCAAGUCAUAUUUGAAUCACGUUGUAUGGAACAACAAAAGCACAAACUCAAAGACCACCAUUAUGUAGCUGAUACAAAGUGCCUAUUUAGAUCGACAAAGAAGUUGGAUCAUUGGCUAUUGAGUAUUUUUGUCCAGUUACGAAGCCUAUGUAUACCAUAAAAAAUGUACUGUACAUUAAUUUGAAUUAUAAUCAAUUUAAUCACUUGAUAACCA